UAUUUUCAGUGUGUCAAAUUUGUUUAUGAAACAUUUUUUUGAAUGAAGUGACAUAUAUUUUGUGAAUUCCAUCAAAAUCAUGUUCCAAGCAAUUUUAUUCAUUGCAACGUGUUUAAGUUACACACAUGGACAAGAACCCGGUCCGCUGGCUCCGGCAUCUAUAGGGUUUGACCCCACGAAAAUUGAUUAUUGUAGCAUGUAUUGUAAUAACAUACAGCACACGGGUUGUAACUGUAAGCUGGCACCAGGACGUGAAGAAUAUGAUUUGGCAAACUUCGCAAAGAAUGUACGCAAAUUAAUCGUUGAUAAACACAAUGAAUAUAGAAAUUUUUUUGCAUCUGGAAAUGAAUCUCGUUAUCGAUUGUCAACAGCCAACAUGAUGGUGAUUAAUUACAAUUUAGAACUGGAAUAUCUAGCAAGAUGUUAUAUAAGAAGUAGAUUUAACGGAUAUCAUGAUCAGUGUAGAACUAUGUCUAACGGCCGAAAAUUAGGUCAGAAUGCUGGAGGAAUGGAUGUAGAAGUGACCCAAGAAGCACUUGUGCAGUAUUUCAUUAAUGGAUGGUACGACGAAAUCGUUAAUAUGGAAAGAAGCAUAUACAGAAGCUUUCGUCUUGGGUCAAUUGGAAGUAGUAUUGGACAUUUUACAACAUUGAUUUGGGCAGAGGUUGAUAUAGUAGGAUGUGGUUUCUUACUUAUCCGUGAUGCACACCAAUUCAAAUUUUUUUACCCGUCUUUUGUGUUGUCUAUGCUUUGUAAUUAUGGAAGUACGCUUCCUGGAGAUGAUAAAAAAGUAGGAGUUAAUGUGAUUGGGCGUAAAGUGAAUGCAGUAGGAGAUCCUUGUUCACAAUGUCCCAACAACUAUAAAUGUAAUUCAAAAUUGACCAAUUUAUGUGGAGAACUCAAACCUGUUACAGAAGAAAAUCCAUAUAAUUUUGAUGCAAUAGACAGUGGGUUAGUUAAACCAAAUAUUAAACCUUAUAAAGAGCAAAAAAAUGCUCAACCAGAACCAAAAUCAAAACAAAAACCCAAAAAAAAACCAUCAUCACCCAAGCCAGAGCCUACAAAAACUCCAUCGCCAGCACAAUCCAAACCACCAGCCAAAUCCCAACCCCCAGCCAAAUCCCAACCCCCAGCACAAUCCCAACCCCCAGCACAAUCUCAACCCCCCUCCGGGAAAAACUUACCUGAAAAGCCGGCAGGCGAACAAAUCCCACCUGAAUCACCCCCAGUCGGAAAAGUCUCAGCCAAAAAAAAAUCAAAGAAAAAAGCCGCAAAAAAGAAACCUGCAGAGAAAAAAAUGGAAAAACUAGACCCAGAUAACAGAAGUUUUAAAGAAGAAACGCCUUUAGUUAUGAUUUGUUCUUUAUCAAUGUUAAUGGUGUAUUUUAUGUACUGAACCAUUUGAAAUUAAUAAAA